GGAUAAGCCCUGAUGUUUUGCAGAGCCUCUCUUCACUCCGUUCCCCAAAUCCAUCCCUGCGCCAGCAUGGGAGGGCUACGUCCAGCACGGUGAGCAGCGCCGGGCUUCUGGGCGCCCCGGGUCGAAAGGAUGGGGUCCCCCCAGGGGUACCGAGCUUCGUGGUGGACUUUCCUUCUGCACCAGGCGCCGCAUAUCAACUUCCAGUUCGAGGCAGCGGGGAGCGAAUUUGCUCCAGAGGAUUUGGGCUACCAGCAGGCACUUCUGUUUCUGGCCAGCGUCUCGGGUUUGUGCUUUGCCAUCAGUCUAGUUCUCAUCUGCGUCUACCUGAUCCGCUUUUGCUGCUGCACUAACGAAGAUGAUGAGGACACCAAGACGCAAAGGGUUUGCUGUGUCACCUGGAGCUGUGUUGCGGCUGUUAUCAUCUGCUGCGCUGGGAUCGGCAUCGGUUUCUAUGGGAACAGUGAGACCAAUGAUGGAGUGUACCAGGUCACAUACUCGUUGUUCAAUGCCAACCACACGCUCAGCUCCAUUGACAGCCUGGUCUCUGAAACCGUGGCGCUCCUUUCAGCCACAGUACGGGGGGAACUGACACAGCUUGAGGAGACGCUGUCCCAGAGGACGGAACUAGUGGCUGUGGUCCGGAACACACGACGCCAGGCUGAGGCAGUAGCACAGACCUUGGAUGGCAUCCCCUUCUGGAGAGACGCCCAUGGAGGGGCCAGCAUCCUAGCAGAACAAGUUGGCUAUUUGGAAGACUACAGGUGGUUGGCCUACAUCUUACUGCUGCUAUUGGACCUCAUCAUCUGUCUGUUCACCUUGCUGGGGCUGGCGAAGCAGGUCAAGUGGCUGGUAAUCGUAAUGACUGUUAUGAGUUUCCUGGUCCUCAUCCUGAGCUGGGGCUCCAUGGGGUUGGAGACAGCAGCAGCUGUGGGACUGAGUGAUUUCUGCUUUGAGCCAGAUGGUUAUGUGAUGAACACAACCCAGGCCAGGACUGGACUAAGCCCAGAAAUCCUACAGUACUACUUAACCUGCAGCCAAGAUAUCUUCAACCCUUUUCAGCAGAGACUCACAGUGUGCCAGAGGGCACUAUCCAACAUACAUUCCCAGCUAUACGGAUUGGAGAGGGAAGCCAUCCCCCACUUCCCAGCAGCUGAGAAGAGCAUCGUAUCCAUCCAGAAUACUUUGAACAUCACAGAGAGUAAUUUCCAUCAUCUUGUAGCUCUCCUUAACUGCCGGGGACUUCAUAAGGACUAUGUGGAUGGCCUGAAAGGGUUGUGCUAUGAUGGCAUGGAGGGGUUGCUUUUCCUCCUCCUCUUCUCCUUCCUCUCUGCCCUUUCCUUCACCACAGCAGUCUGUAGUCUGCCCCGAGCCUGGAAGAGGUUCCAGAACAGGGACUCGGACUAUGACGACAUGGAGGAUGACGACCCUUUCACGCCCCAGGCACGUAGACCGCCGACAGUGCGCACAGGGGGGGCUGGGCCCAGCCUGCCCAGCUCCUUUGGCCACUGUUCAAGCUGGGGCAGCCGGGGCAGCCUGCGCCUUUCAGCCCCCCCCAUUUCCAACGCCCCCGUCUCACAGUACAUGAGUCAAAGCGCUUCGUACAGUGGCAGUCCUCAAUUUGAGAGCAUCCCCCUCAUUGACCGUCAUUCCCCACCCCCUUCGUAUUCUCCCAGCAUGCGAGUGUCUUAUGUCGGUGCUAGCGAAGAAGUGGACCUUCCCUGCCAGACCGGAUUCCUGUCUUAGAUGCAGCCCAGAAGACCCCAACCCAGAUCCACACCACCCAACUAACACAGAGAGACCCCAACCCAGUCAUUUACUAGAAUACAACCAGUGAGCCUUUGUCACCAGGUGCCCCCUGCUCCUUCACUUGACUC